AUGGCCGCGGCCGCCCGCGCCCGGGUGGCGCACUUGCUGAGGCAACUGCAGCGCGCAGCAUGCCAGUGCCCAACUCAUUCUCAUACUUACUCCCAAGCUCCUGGACUUCCACCUGGAAAAACAACUGAUUAUGCCUUUGAGAUGGCUGUUUCAAAUAUUAGAUAUGGAGCAGGAGUUACAAAGGAAGUAGGCAUGGACCUGCAAAACAUGGGUGCUAAAAAUGUUUGUUUGAUGACAGACAGGAAUCUCUCCCAGCUCCCUCCUGUACAAAUAGUUAUGGAUUCCCUGGUGAAGAAUGGCGUAAACUUUAAGGUUUAUGACAAUGUGAGGGUGGAACCAACUGACAGAAGCUUCAUGGAAGCUAUUGAGUUUGCCAAAAAGGGGGCUUUUGAUGCCUACGUUGCUGUGGGUGGUGGCUCCACCAUGGACACCUGUAAAGCUGCUAAUCUGUAUGCGUCCAGCCCUCACUCUGAUUUCCUAGAUUAUGUCAAUGCCCCCAUUGGGAAGGGAGAGCCUGUGUCUGUGCCUCUUAAGCCUCUGAUUGCAGUCCCAACUACCUCAGGAACUGGCAGUGAAACUACCGGAGUUGCCAUUUUUGACUAUGAACAGUUGAAAGUAAAAACUGGCAUUGCUUCCCGAGCCAUCAAGCCCACGCUGGGACUGAUCGAUCCUCUGCACACCCUGCACAUGCCUGACCGGGUGGUCGCCAACAGCGGCUUCGAUGUGCUUUGCCAUGCCCUGGAGUCCUACACUGCCCUUCCCUACCACAUGCGGAGCCCCUGCCCUUCCAAUCCCACCACACGGCCAACAUACCAGGGCAGCAACCCAAUCAGCGACAUUUGGGCAGUCCACGCGCUACGGAUGGUCUCUAAGUAUCUGAAGAGGGCUGUCAGAAAUCCUGAUGAUCUUGAAGCAAGGUCUAAUAUGCACUUGGCAAGUGCUUUUGCUGGCAUUGGCUUUGGAAAUGCUGGUGUUCAUCUGUGCCAUGGAAUGUCUUACCCAAUUUCAGGCUUAGUGAAGACAUAUAAAGCAAAGGAUUAUAAUGUGGAUCACCCACUGGUGCCUCACGGCCUUUCUGUGGUGCUCACCUCCCCAGCAGUGUUCACUUUCACGGCACAAAUGUCUCCUGAGAGGCACCUGGAAACAGCAGAAAUAUUGGGAGCCGACACCCGCACUGCAAGGAUCCCAGAUGCCGGGCCUAUUUUGGCAGACACACUCCGGAAAUUCUUAUUCGAUCUGGAUGUUGACGAUGGCCUAGCUGCCAUUGGUUACUCCAAGGCCGAUAUCCCCACAUUAGUGAAAGGUACACUGCCCCAGGAGAGGGUCACCAAGCUUGCACCACGCCCUCAGUCAGAAGAGGAUCUGUCUGCCCUGUUUGAAGCUUCAAUGAAACUGUAUUAAGUUUCAUUUUCACUGAAAGAAUUACCAUUGGCCAUCAUAGUUCUGAAAACAGAAGUUGAUCUAGGCAGAGCUUUGACUUUUCAUCUCCCCACAUAACUUACCUGUUAACGGUUUGAACAUGAUAUAAAUUCAUCCUGUGGAAGAUUCCCUGAUGCUCAAAGUCAAGGUGCUUCCAUAAAACAGGCUGGACAAAUGCCCACUAUGUCGCACCUUGGGCCAGACUUCAGGGGUCCGUGUUCCUGCCCCAGACCCCACAGACGGCCACUGUUCCACUUAUCAAAUGGGUAAAAACUCAGUAUCUAUCAAAAUGUAAAUGCACAUAUCCUAUGCCCAUUAAUCCCAUGUCUGGAAAUUUGUCCUACAGAAAUACUAGCACAAGUGUGUAAAAAAAUAUGGCAAGGUUGUUUCUGGCAGCACUUUUUCUAACAAUAAAAAAUUUGAAAGAACCUAAAUAUUCAUUAAUAGUAUAAAUAAAUUAUAGUAUAUUAAAUAAUGGAAUGCUAUAGUGCUCUUAGAAUGAGGUAAAUCUGUUGGAAAUAUGUCCAUGAUAUACUGCUAAGUUGGAAAAAAGUAACUUGCAGAACAAUUAUAUAUUAGUAUGGUCUGAUUUUUACUUUUUAAAUUAUGUAUAAAUAUAUGUCUAUAUAUAGAGAGAAAAGAAGGAUACACAUCAAAAUAUUAAAAGUUUACACAUCAAAAUAUUAAAAGUUAUCACUGGAGAAAUGGAAUUUGGGGUAUAGAGAAUUAAGAGAAAAUGCUCACUUUAUAUUUUAUACUUUCCCUUUUUAUUUUAUCAACAUCUGUAUUGUUUGGAUUUGUUACAACAAGCAUAUAUUUUCUAAUGUUAAAAGCGGGGAGAGAAAGGAAAGAAAAAUAUCAUUUUACUGUUUUACAUCAGAUUCAUCUUAUUUUAUAAAAAUACUAGUAACUGAUAGUUAAAGGUAAAAAAAUAUCCAAAGGGGUAAAAUAUUAGAGACUGAUCCUCUGGUGAAUAAAUUGUUCUUUUGAGAAAAACACUAACAUCCUACAUAGUAAUUCCCUCUUUGGAAAAAUGUUCUGGUGCUCAGAAUAAAUUAAUUUCGAAAGCAAGCAGUGUUGUAGUUUACAGACUUCGGCCUUGCGAGUAGAAUCCAAGCAGCGUGUACACCUGCCUCCCCAUUAUUCAUGGCCUGCAGAAACUUCUACUGCUCAUUUUUCCACACAAAGGUUACCACACUGAGGUUUGGCUACUUGAGCUUUGGAAGUCUAGAUCUCAGUGUACUUGCAGACUUAUUCAUCUUUUAAAUUGAAUUAAAGUUUUAAUCAAAUAAGUAAAGUAUAUGUAAUUACAUCAGACUUUUAAAAAAUGGGUGAGAAGGGCAUUACUGUGCCAUUCAACAUGCCUUGGCUCACUUUACUCUUCAUGAAGAUCUUUUUUUCCUUGAGAUCUUUUAAAUAAUGUUUAUUGGGAGUUUUCUCUGAUUACAAACAUAAAAUAUGUUUCGUAUCAAAAACUGGUAACAAAAAUAAACACAAAAUAUUUGUUGAUAUUGCACUGUCCAAAAGAUAGCCACUGUUAAAAAUUUGGUGGUGGCUAUAUGUUCUUCCAGUAAUUUUGUGUAUAUACACACACACACACACACACA